AGUGGUGAUUGAUAUGCAAUGUAACACUUUUGUUUAGAAUGUUGUUUUUUUCGGCAUUUUUGGGACGUUUAAAUCAAAUAAAUAUGUAAAAAUGAAGAAUUGCUUUAUAAUUUAGAAAAGUGAAAAGGAUAUUCUGUUUGUUUUAUUUGUGCACCCUGCUUCAAGAAAACGAUUCAACGAUCCAAACAAAAGAUUACUUUUAUUUAUAGAAACGGAAUAUUGUCAUCAUGGAAACGAGAAGUAGCAGCUCUUUAAAUUAUGGUAUACUGAUGAAGAAGCUAGAUGUUGUGAAACAUCAGAUAAGCAUGGGAGUUAACGUAAACAAAAGUAUCGGGGGUUAUUUUCCAUUGUUCACGGCUUUUCACGGAAACGAUAUAAGCAUAAUGAAAAUCCUUAUAGAAAAUGGUGCUGAUGUCACAUGCUGCGACCAAAGAGGCAUAUCUUUACUGCAAAAUGCUUUGUUAUUAGAUAAAUUCGAUGUGGUAGAGCUUCUUUUAAGAAACGGGGCUGAUACCAAAUCUAAUCCAGAAACUAUUGCAUUCGAAUCAAAAAAUAUUCUCGAUAUUCUGAUAGAGAGAGCACCCAACUUCAACAUUGCUGAAACAAAUUUCCCAACUGUAUUUCAAUUUGCGAUUUACCAUAACGAAGAGAUGGCCUUGAAGAUUUUGGAAAAACUCACUGCUAAUGAUCUGAAUAUUAGUAAUCCUACGGGACAAACUUUGCUCAAUACAGCACUGGAAUUCCGCAGGACAAAAUUGGUUCCGAAGAUGGUGGAAAUGGGCGCUGACGUAACUGUAUCAGACCCGAACAGUACAAAUCCACUGUUAGAAGCAGUAAUCCAUAACGAUUUGGAAAUAGUACGACUUUUUUUAGACCAUGGAGCUUCUCCAAACGUCACUGGUGUUUCUAAUGUUCCUUUGAUUGAAGCAGUAAUAAAUGGGAAUUUUGAAAUGGUCAAACUUUUAUUAGAACGAGAAGCAAAUGUAAAUGAAACUGAUUUCGAGGGCAGAUCGUCACUUGAUUGGGCAUGUUAUCCUAUCUACAGAAAGCAAACUGAAAUAUUUGAAUAUAUUGAUGUAUUCGAAUUUAAAUAUGAUGAUGAAUAUAUUAUUUGUAAUAGUAAUGAAAUUGAGGAGAGUUAUUAUAAGAUAAUUCAGAUUCUUAUAACUUCAGGUGCAAGCAUUAAUAUGCAAGACCUUUGUGGAAGUACAGCAUUGCACAAAGCUUGCGAGCGAAAAAAGCUGCAGAUCGUGCAGCUUCUACUGAGAAGGGAAAUUAACAUUGAGCCUUACUGCGAUGAGAGAUGCUCUUUUUUUCAUUCUCAAAGCAAAGAUGUUUGGGAUAUCACCGAAUUGAAACUCUCCAGCGACAUACCAAUGGAAAAAAACCAGGCCGGGAAUUCCGUUUACUAUAUGGAAUCAGGAUUCUUACUCGCACACCUUCUUCAGCUAUUUUUACUUUUAGAAAAUGAUAUUAAUGUAAAUAUCACAGAUUCAGUGGGAAGAACUCCGCUAUACUUUGCUGCCAAAAAUGGCUGCAGUGAAAUCAUAAAAAAUUUGCUGAAGUAUCAAGCUGAUGUGAGUUUUUCUGAACAAUACUAUGACCGUUCAACUCUUCAUGUGGCGUUACAUCAUUAUUAUGGUAAACAUGAUUAUUUUGAUUUAGAACCAGCAAAGCGAAUCGUAGAAAAGCUAGUGAUUAAAGAAGCUGAGGAACAAUAUGUUUCUAAAGAAGAUUUAAAUUUAAUGAAUGGCGAUUUGCUAAGCAAUCAUUAUGCAGAGUGCAAAACGGAGAUUGCGAAAAUGAAGGAAAAAAUUACAGAUGAGAGUUACAUCUGCUAUUAUGAUUUCCUCUCGAAUGACAUCAAAAAGUUUGCAAAAAUAGCUAAGAAUCCAUCAGUGAUGCUGUGCAUGAAAUAUGGGGAAUACAAGAAGGCUUUUCCGAUUUAUGAAUACCUUUUAGAAAGAACAGUGCAUUUGGCUGAAUUGCGGAAAAUGUUAAUCCAAGUAAGCGAAAUAACUUUCCAGCAUCUGAUGAUAAAGAAGAAGUUGCCGAAACUCCCAAUUAGUAUCAUUGAAGAUAUGUUGGACUACCUCGGAGAUCAAGAUCUUCUACAUUUAAUAGAUGCUGCAGUUCCAGAAAACGCAACUUUCAUGUGCACCCGUCAAGGAUUGGAAAAUUUGGACGCAUCUCAUUCCCAAAUUUAAUUUUUAGGAAACCAAAAUGAUUAGAAAGACAAUCAACGAGGAUAGGAAUUAAUUUGUCUUGAUGAAUCGUUUAAAUAAAUAUGAAAUUUAUGUUCCCAAACUAAACGAACUAAGAAAGUACUAAGAAUUAUACUAUAUUUUUUAUAUAGUUACUUUCACCUUCGUGGUAAGAUUAUAACUAUGAGAAUCAUAUUUCCACAAAGUAAAACAAGAAAUUUAAUUUAAUAUAUUCAAAAUAAGUAAUGUUACCAACUGUUCAAAAAUUGUAUAUCUUCAUAUUUCUUGAAUCAUUAAUAGUACUUUAAAUUC